GACCCGGAAGCCGCGCGCUGAUUGGCUGCGGUGAGCGCUGAACCCGGAAGCCGCGCGCUGAUUGGCUGCGGUGACCGAUGGACCCGGAAGCCGCGCGCUGAUUGGUCAGAACCGCUGAGGCGGGAUUAAGGCGGGAAAAGGACGGCGCUGAUUGGUCCGUGCCCGCGCAAGGCACGACGGGAAACGAGCGGCCUGAGGCGGCCCGGCCGGCGCGACCACCGCGAGUGGAUUUUUGGGCUUCCCAAGUGAAUUUUGGGAACUUUUCAGAAGAUUUUGGAGUUUUUUUCUUCAAUUUUGGGGCUCCCAGGUGAACUUCGAGUGACCCCAGGCCAUGUCCCCUCCGCGCUGCAGCCGCUGUCCCCUCCCCUCCUCGCUGCUCCGCUCCCGCUCCCUCCGCCCGUUCUGCCGCCGCUGUUUCCUCGCCGCCUUCGAGGCCGAGACGCUCCAGGCGCUGCUGCAGCCCCCGAACCCGGCGCUGACCCCCCGGGCCGGGCAGGGCGUGGCCGUGGCGGCCUCGGGGGGCAAAGACUCCACGGUCCUGGCUCAUUUAUUGGUGAAACUGAACCGGGAGCGGGGCCUGGGGCUGCGCCUGGCGCUGCUGGCCGUGGACGAGGGGAUCUCGGGGUACCGGGACCAGGCCCUGGGGGUGCUGCGGGGGGUGGGGGCGGCGCUGCCCCUCCCCCUCCUGCUGGUGUCGCACCGGGAGCUGUUCGGGCGGGCGCUGGACGAGCUGGGGCCGGCGCUGGGCGGGCGGAGCCGCUGCACGGUGUGCGGGGUGUUCCGGAGGCAGGCACUGGAGAGGGGAGCCAAGGAGAUGGGGGCCGACUGGUUAGCCACUGGCCACAACGCCGACGACGUGGCCGAGACGGUUCUGAUGAAUUUCCUGCGCGGCGACGUGGCGCGGCUGCGGCGCGCGGCCCACGAGGCCUCGGGGGCCACCAAUGGGCCCGCCGACCCGGCGGUGCCGCGCCUGAAGCCGCUGCGCCACGCGUCGCAGAAGGAGAUUGUGCUGUACGCCCACUACCGGGGGCUGCCCUACGCCAGCGCCGAGUGCCGGCACGCGCCGCUGGCGUUCCGCGGGCACCCGCGGGCGCUGCUGAAGGAGCUGGAGGCGGCGCGGCCGGCGGCGGCGGCGGCGCUGGCGCACUCGGGGCGGCGGCUGGCGCUGGGCGCGGCGCCGGGCGCGGGGGCGGCGCCGGGGGCGUGCGGGCGCUGCGGGGCGGCGGCCAGCGGGGGGCGCUGCAUGGCCUGCGCGCUGCUGGCCGCGCUGGAGCAGGGCCGGCCCCGGGUGGCGCUGGGCAAGCGCGGGCUCAGGGUGUUGGUGGCUACCAGGAUGGUGGUGGUCAAGGGGGUGGUGGCCAUGAGGGCUGUGGCUGCAGGGGUGGUGGUCAAGGGGUUGGUGGCCACCAGGAUGGGGUUGGUGGUCAGCUGGAGGGGGGUGGUCAAGGGGGUGGUGGCCACUUGGAGAGUGGUGGUCAAGAGAGCAGUGGUCACUGGGGUGGUGGUCAAGGGGUUGGUGGCCACCAGGGUGGGGGUGGUGGCCACUUGGAGAGUGGUGGUGGCCAUGGGGGCUGUGGCUGCAGGGGUGGUGGUCAAGGGGUUGGUGGUCAAGAGUUUGGUGGCCACUGGGGUGGUGGUCAAGGGGGUGGUGGCCACCAGGGUGGGGUUGGUGGCCAGUUGGAGGGUGAUGGUCAAGGGGUUGGUGGCCACGGGGGCUGCGGCUGCAGGACUAGUGGUGGCCACAGCCCCGGUGGUCAGGUGGGGUGUGGUGGCCACGGUGACCACCUGGAGCCGGCUGUUGGUGACCACGGUGACCCCCUGGCCCCGGGACGUGGUGACCCCCUGGCUGAUGGUUCCGGUGGCCACAGUGACCCCCUGGCCCCAGUGUCCGGUGGCCCCGGUGGCCCCGGUGACCCCCUGGCUGAUGGUUCCGGUGGCCCCGGUGACCCCCCCGGGCCCCGCUGGGUGCGGGUGCAGCUCCUGGGCCGGGCCGGACGCUCCGAGCGGCGACACCUGA